AUGCCAUGGGGGAUCACGAAUCAUGGAGAAAAGGGGGAGGAGGUCAAAGCAGAUUACUCUUCAUGUGCUUGCUUGCAAAAGAAUGAUGGCUAUAAUGCCCUCUUCACCACUGGAGGCUUAAUCGGCAGCGGAAGUAGCGGUGGCUCAAGGGAAGUUAGAGACGGGUUUUUUUGGUUUCGUGAUAUAGGGAAAUAUGGGUCCGGUGAAUUUUCCGUGGCCGUGAUCCAAGCAAACCAGGUGCUAGAGGACCAGAGCCAGAUUGAGUCGGGCCAAUUCGACACCUUCGUCGGAAUCUAUGACGGACACGGAGGACCCGAGGCGACAUGUUACGUUUGCGAUCACUUGUUCAACAAUUUUCGAGCAAUGGUGGCUGAAUCGGGGGAAGUUAUGACUGCUGAGACCAUUCAAAGAGCUUUUCAACAAACAGAGGAAGGGUUUACGGCCUUGGUGUCGGAGCUAUGGAAUACUCGACCAAAUAUGGCAACUGUUGGACUUACAAUCAUUUGA